GUUCCUUUCGUACACGCCAAUAUGCACGCCUCCUCGCAACGCGACUCGACAUGUAAACAACAUGGCGGCUUCCAGUUGGACGAUCACGGAGACUUCGACUCGAGGGUGAAGAUAUCUGCUCCAAAUGACGCGGUUGGGCUCACCAUGAUCGAAGUGUGCUCCCUGAAACGCAUAAUAUUCCUCACUGUCUUUCUGAUAGGUGCCUGUCUGAUGAUCCUGACGCUGGAAAGCAUCCUGUCAGACCACGACAGUGAUCGAAACGGUUCAAAUUCUUCGGAGGGUUGCUGGGAAAAAGAAGAGUACGUCGUCAAGCAGAAGUGCCUGCCUUGCACCGAAUUCGAGAGGGCAAGCAAGCACCUCCCAAUAUGCAUCCAGUCCAAGUACAAAGAACUAGUCACCUGCAAGAGCUCAGGUGACGUCUAUAGAAGGUGUGACAAUGAGAAAGAGGGACAGCACUUCUGGAUAUUUGAAGGCAGCAUGCUCGUCACUGGUCUGCUGAGCUCACUCUCGGUUGUGCUUCGACAGAAGCACCUUGACCGCAAGAUGAUAGAGCGCAUACAGCAGCAGGUAGCCGCAGGAGUAUGACUGCUUGCCGCAAAGCCCAUAUUUGUUCCUAUUGCAAUCUCAACCAUCUGGUCUGUGGCCAUUAAUGGUAAUAAAGCUUGGAAAACAUGUCUCCAAA